AUGGGUCUCUGGGUCCUCGAACCAAAGCAACAAAAUGUCAAGGUGCCCGGCACCGUCCACGUCGAGCGCGACACGGACGUGCUCCGCGCCCUGACGGCGCAUCUCAAGCACGGCAGCGGUCGUGAAGAAGGUAUCGUGCUUGUGCCGCAGCCAUCCGACUCUGUCAACGACCCGCUCAACUGGCCGCGCGCCAAGAAGAUCUUCCACUCGUACUUUUUGUCGUUUGGCACCGGCCUGGCCUCCGGCACCUGCUACUUCCUUAACCCGUCGGCCACACUCAUGGCCAAGCAGGUCGGCACCACGGUCACGCAAAUGUCCCGCUCGCUGGCCGUGCUGAUGCUGUGCAUGGGCAUCGCGAGCAUCCUCACGACGCCCCUGGCUCGCAUCUACGGCAAGCGGCCCAUCUUCUUGCUGCUGGGCCUCGUGUCCGUCCUGGGCUACGGCGUGCUGCUGGCACACCCCUACAACCUGCAAUACCUCUAUGCCGGCCGCGCGCUCUGGGGUGCCGGCGCCAGCGGCCUCGAGUACCUGGUGAGCUCCAGCGUGGGCGAUUUGUUCUUUGUCCACCAGCGCGGCUUCCACCUCGCACUGUGGCACUUUGCCCUGGCCGGCGGCAACUCGCUGGGCCAGGUGAUUGCGAGCCAGAUCGUCGCCGGCCAAGGCUACGUGUGGGCGUUCCGCUAUGCCGUCAUCUUCAUGGCCGCCUAUGUCGUGGCGCUCUUCUUCUUUGCGCCCGAGACGACCUAUGUGCGCGCCAAAAAGUACGACACGGACGUGCUGGAGCUGCUGUCGGACGAGGUCCGUGAAGGCAGCGGUGCCGCCAGCGCCAGCGUAUCGGACCAGCACCUCCCGUCCGGGGGCAACGUCGACGAAAAGACGACCGACUUCGACGCAGAGUCGGCCGGCACGGCUGCGGAGAUCGAGACCAAGCGUGCCUACGCCCAGUCCCUCCGCAUCUUCAGCGGCCGCUACAGCGACGAGAACUACCUCAGGGCCCUCAUCGCGCCCUUUGCCACCUACAUGCUGCCCGGCGUCGUCUGGGCCGCCUACUCCUACGGAUGCGCCGUUGCCUUUUCGGCCUCGCUCUCCGUCUCGCUGUCGUCGAUUUUCACCGUCGCCCCCUAUCACUUCUCGACCCGCGCCGUCGGCCUCACCGUGCUCUCGCCCUUUGUCGCCAACAUUGUCGGCAACUUCAUCCCCGGACCCGUCGCCGACUGGCUCGUCACGUACAUGUCGCGCAAAAACGGCGGCGUCUACGAGCCCGAGUUCCGCAACAUCCUGUGCCUCCCCGCCCUCCUCACGGGCCUCGCCGGCUACUGGGGCUUUGGGCUCGCCAUCCACUACAAGAUCCACUGGUUCGCGCCCGUCUUCUUCUUUGGCGUCGCCGCCUUCUCGGGCUCCAUCUUGUCCCUCGUCUCCAACACGUACCUGCUCGACUGCCACCGCAAGCAUGCGCAGGACGCCUAUGCCGCCGUCACGCUCGUCAAGGCCGUCAUGACGUUUGCCAUUGCCUUUUUUAUCAACACGUGGCUGGCCAAGUCGGGCCCUGUGCGCGUCUACUUUAUUAUUGGCACCAUCCACGGCGUCGGCUGCAUCUACGGCCUGGUGCUGUACGUCUUUGGCAAGCGUAUGCGUCUGGCCGUGCAUCAAAACGCCUUUAUCCAGCGUCAUCUGCGAUAA